AUGCGUUGCGCCGUGUGGGUCUCCGUUGCGUUCACUUCGCUCGCCAGUGCUCUGUCCCGAGCACAGCCGAAGCCGUUCCGGGCGUCAGAGAUCAAGGCUCGCCUUCGGCGCCUCGGAGUGUCGACGGAGGGCUGCUUUGAGAAGGAGGAGCUGUACCGCCUGCUGCUCGAGCGUGCGCCCGAGGCGUCCGGAGUCGGCCACUGCGUCCCUCUCGAGCUGCUUCAGGCUGCGAGAGGAGCGAUGGGCGCAGGCGUCACCGUCGACUCCAAGCGCUACGUUGGCAUCCGCUUGGCAUCCGCUGACGACGCCUCCGUCGCCGACCCGCGGCUGCUGAUGCUGCUCGACUCGGCCGCCUCAAACUCACUGCUUACCCCCGCAGCGGCGCGGCUGCUCGGCGCGCGCCCGACCGGCGUGCGAGCGACUGCCGACACGGGCACGGCGGUCGGCCUGGGAGGCUUCGAGCAGGUCGACCUCGGUGAGGUGGCGCUGCCGGGCGGGCUUGCGUGCGGCCGUCUCGCGCCGGUGGUGAUGGAUCUUCCCCUCGAGCGGCCGUCCGGCGGCGGCGAGUGCGGCCUGCUCGGCCUCGACUUCCUCUCGCGCUUCGAG